ACGAGCCGCUGAUUCAAAUCGGCAACCCCCCCAUCCAGCUAAUUUCACCGGUUUCUGCAGCAGAUAAAUUAAAUUUGUACAACAAUAUAUUAACAUUACGCACGAAAUUGUUUACUAACGUUAGCCAUGUCUCAAGACGGAUUUCAACCUACACUAAUAAGGACCACGCACAAUAACAACACGAGCAUGACUAUUCAACAAACUCAGGCACCGUGCCCUGGUAAAACGCCAAUACAAAUUCUGCAUGAAUACGGAACCAAAAUUGGUAACCUUCCCGUGUACGUGAUGGAAAAGGCUGAAGGGGAGGCACACCAACCCAGUUUCAUCUUUAACGUGACAAUAGGCGAUGUAUCCUGCACAGGUCAAGGAUCCAGUAAAAAAGCUGCCAAACACCAGGCCGCUGAGUCUGCCCUGAACCUUCUGGAAAUAGACGCUGGGACACCCCUUCACAUAAAGCCGGAGAGUAACGGCAUCCCAGCAGAGCCCAACGAUCAACCCAACUCAGUGGGGAUUCUGCAGGAGCUGGCACUGCAGCGGGGAUGGCGCCUCCCUGAAUACACUGUUCUCAUGGAGGCGGGCCCACCUCACAAGAGAGAGUUCACUGUUACCUGCAGAAUGGAGUCACUGACAGAGACGGCAAUGGGAAAUUCCAAGAAGGUGGCCAAAAAGGCAGCUGCGGAGAAGAUGGUGGCUAAACUUCAAAAUCUGUCUGGCUGUCCUGAAAUCACAUGGACCCCGAAGCCCAGUGUCCGUCUGGAGAACUUGCGUAACUCCUCUGCAGAGAAGAUGUCUCUCCUGAGAAGGAAUCCACUCAGUAUUCCCAACACCGACUACAUCCAGAUGAUGCUGGAGCUGUCCAACGAGCAGGGCUUCGAAGUCACAUACUUUGACAUUGAUGAGCUGACUGUGAACGGGCAGUACCAGUGUCUGGCAGAGCUGUCCACCUCACCUGUCACCGUAUGCCACGGCACGGGCAUCUCCUGCGGCAACGCACACAAUGACGCCGCACACAGCGCGCUUCAGUACAUCAAGAUCAUGGCUUCUAUCAAAUGAACGAUCCGAGUAAACGUCACAACUGGUUCACCUGCAAUACAUAUUUAAGAAAUUGAGGAGGGGAAAAAAAACAUUUAAUCACAACUGAAACGUGUAGCCAUCUUCCAUCUACCAUUAUGUUUUCACUCUUUACCCGUGUUUACUCAGUAUGAAAUUGGUGGAUAUUGAAGGCAGUAUCAAUAGGAAUCAUGUGAUUCAGACAAAACAAUCCAGUUGUUGUUUUUAUAACGGUGACAGUCAACACCGUUCAUCACCUAUGGUUUCUGUCAGAUAUUGAAGUUACUUUGAGAAGAUCAGCGCAAAAAACAAAUCUAAUCCCAUGGGGGUUAUGUACCGUAGAAAAACAAGGACAAGGGAAUAGAAUGGACACUAGUCUUGAACGGCUUUGCUGCCAAAAUGUCGACAUAUUGAAAAUAGUCUCCAAUUUAUCCCCUUGUCCUUGUUUUUUUAUAAGCCAGUUUGAGGACAUGCAAUCAUUUAUUGAAUGAUACACAAUUUAAAACUGUAUUGCACUGAACAAAAUUAGUGAUGGAAACUGGUUUGGACUCGUUUACCUUUAAGGUUAUGAGAAAAUAAUGAAUUUAACGUAAUCUUAUAGGUUCCCAAAAUAAUGAAGCCGAUUGAAAAGGGCCUAUUGGAUAAACUAUGUAGGAACAAACAAUACAUUAAUUUCACAUUUUGUAUUUGGUUUGAUCUUCUAAAUGAUCUCUGCUUUAUUUAAUUGGUUAUUUCUCUCUGCCAAGAUUCAAUUACAUGAUGGAAAUAAUUUUCCAUCGCAAUAUCAACCCCUAUUUUCCAAUCGGCUUAUUAAAAAGAGUCCAUUAUCACUUUGUUUGAUUUUAGAGUAAAUGUUUUGAGCUUUGGUUGGUUUAAGACCAUAUUACUGUUUUUUUGUUUUUAAAAUGUUUUUUUAUUCAGUCAUAGGGAGAAGGACUGGUGUUUUUCGACUACCACCACAUGUAUUUACAAAGAACACUACUAUUAAGCAGGUUUUUGUUCACAGUGACUUUAUCUCCCAACAAUUAUCAUUAUAAACAACUGCUCAAUUAGAAAGUUACAUUUAGCUUGUUUAGGUGAAAUUGUGCUGGAUAUAAAACCACAUGUCUAGAUUAAGAACACAUUUCUUUUUGUAAAAUGUAUCUUUUUUUAAGUUAAUGGUAGCAAGAUGGCAUUCUCGGAAACAUCUGGACCACUCCUGACUUAGACUUCAAGACCAAGACUGCCAUUAUCGUCUCUUCAUGCUACAAAUGAGCAAGAGCCAAUAAUUGCAAUCUUGGUAGCUUUGAUGUUGAUGACUAAGCAGGUAGUUGCCCUGUUGUGUAUUGUGACGUUAUCUUGCUCAGUCUGCCUGUAAUGUUGUAGCUAGCCUAGUUAUGUCAGCUGUAUAUGAAAGUCAUGCUGCUGUGUGUGUGUUUUGAAGAUUUUGAGUUUGUCGGCCUUCACACCGAGUCUUGCGAAAUGUUAUCCGCCAACUACGGAGGAUUUUUACAACUGAAUUCCACCCUGUCCUGAGUUACUGUCACAGAGCCGAGACUGGGCGGUUUAAUCACAUUUUCGUUUCCUUUUAUCAAGGUGUAUUGUAAAUCGUCUCGAUGUUUUGGCGGACUCAUCCCAAGCGCGUGCUGUGUACCUGACCAUAUUAAUACAUAUUUAUGACAUGUGAAGUGUGACAGACAUGUUAAAUAAAUCUACCUGACAUUGGC